CAGCAGCGCACACCCCCAGUGUCGUCCAGCAGUGUCACCCACCAGUGCCCACCAGUUCCUCCCAGCAGUGCCCAUCAGUGCCACCCAUCAGUGCCCAGUAGUGUCACCCAUCAGUGCCCAGAAGUGCCAUCCAUCAUUGCUCCCCAGCAGUGUCUCCAAGCAGUUGUGCCCAUUAGUGCCCAGCAGUGCCACCCAUCAGUGCCCACCAGUGGCACUAGUCAGUGCUGCCAGUCAGUGCUGUCAGUCAGUACCACCAGUCAGUGUUGCCCAUCAGUUCUGUCUAUUAGUGCCCGUCAGUUCCGCCUAUCAGUGCCCAUCUUUGCUACAUAUCAGUACAGCAUCAUCAGU